UCAUCUCUUUCACUCUCCCCCUCUCUCCCGCUCUCCCUCUUUCAGCCCCCCCCCACCUCCAUACACCCCGAAAAGGGCUUAAAACCAACCAGUGGUCCCGCCCAUGUUUAUUGGUGACAGAGCAGGAGACACAACACACAGCCUAUUCUAGUGUCCUACGCAGAAAGGAUGAGGUGUCUCCUGCCCCUGUGGCUGGGAGCCAGUCUGCCUGGUCUACUGUGGGCCGCAGCAGUCCUUUUGGUGGAAGGGGACAGCGACCCUUCCAGAAUCUGCAAGCCUGCCCCCCAUUGGGAGGUGGGAGGAAUAGCACCCAUGCCAGAGCUGCUGGGAAAUGUAGUUGUUGUGGCGCUGCUGAAGGCCAGCUGACAGUUCUGUCUCACACAGGCGUCCAAGAUUGGACACCUGCGUGAAAAGCUGAGCCGCAGCAACCUGACCGACGUGGCGUUCAUGAUCGUGAACGAGCGCGAGUUCCAGUCCCGGGCCAUGUACUGGGAGCUGAAGAGGAGGGCCCCCCCUAACGUCCCCGUCUACCAGCAGGGCCCUUUACAGGACGACGUCUGGGAGAUCCUCGACGGAGACAAAGACGACUUCCUUGUGUAUGACAGGUGUGGUCUCUUGACCUUCCACAUUGUGCUACCCUACAGCUUCCUCACCCAGCCCUACGUUGAGGCAGCCGUGAGGGCCACCUCCCUCAAAGACAUCUGCAACUGCACUGAGACCUUCCUCAGUGGUUCGAUGAGGAAUCAAACAAAGAUGUCAAUGAACAGUAACCACACAGCCGACAGAGACACUACACUUCCUUCUCAUCAGCCUCCACAUAUUCAUCAUCAUCAUCACUAUCAUCAUCAUCAGCAGCAGCAACAGCAUACUCCUCAUAAAUUUGACCAUAUGAAUCACACUCAUAUUCCUCAUCAAAAUCAUUCCUCAAUACAUCGAUCAUAGUCAUAAUCCCAAUCAUCAGGAAAAUGAAUGAUGACGAUGUGUUUUCUUGUAUGGUCAUGGUGCAUUUCAUCAAAUAAUAUUUUUCCCACAAUACAACCCUCUAUAUUCUUCUUUCACAAAAAUAACAACGUUAAAAUAGGUCUUUGCAAAGAACCGUAUGGAAAUUAAACAACAAAAUUGGUUAAUAUUGACGUUGCUACGUGUUACUGGGUAAUGGAUGGCAGUUUUGCCGGUGGCUAUUGUUCCUAUUUGUGCCCAGAUCCUCCCUCCUCUGUCUGGGUUCAGCAGCAUUCAGGCCUGUCUUCAGUUCUCUCUUCCAUUAAUGAAGUCUACCAUGUUAAACCUGCUGACAGGAGUCUGUAGAUUGAUGUGUGGAGAGAGACAGGAGCUAGCCUAGAUGUGAGCUAAAGCUACGAGUCAUGGAGGGUCUCUGGGCCUAAACAGAGCAAAACCUCAGUAAAAUAACUAUCCUGUGUCCAAAUAGAACACCAAUGGUCAACAUUAAUUAUAUAUUUUAAGAGUUAUAAUUUGUAAAUACAAGUAGCUUCAUCUCGAAAUUGUGUUUCCCCAUUCUGUAAUUACACUUGCUGAAGAGGAGAUAAAGUGCCAAGUGGUUGGUAAAGAUUGUAUUCAUAUCAAAAUGUAUGUCUUUUA